UGAAAGGACCUGCUCGCUGCUGCCUCAGCCUCAGAGCAUCUUUCUCCUCUUCUUUCUCUUUAAUCCUCACUCAAACACAGCGGGGGUGACGGAGAAUCAUGCGGACAGCAUCCCUCUGCUGUGGACUCUGAAACAUACCGUCAUGCACGGCAUGUGUUAGCCUCUCGGUUAGCCGAACACCUCGCUUUUUCGUUCCCGAUGAAGAGCAGACAUAAUAGCUUGUCUGUGGAGAGGAGAAGAAUAUAGUUAUCCUGAGCAGAGUCGAGCCUCAGCUUCUACUGGCUUAUUCUUUUUUUUUUAUCUACUCUUUUUAUACAGUUAAUAUUUGUUUAUUUAUUUUUUGUUCACAUAGAUGCAUUUCCAGUUUUUCUUUACACACAAUAUUGUUCUUUUCUCGGCGGAUGUGAACGGAGCGAGCGCUGCUCCAGCAGAGGAGAUGCAAAGAUAGACAGAGUGUCCGCCUGACAACACCAAGGUGCCUGAGACUUUCCUGGGCAAAGACUCUCAACAAAAGGACUGCAUUUUGGUGGUUACCAACAGAUGUCCUACAAAUGUUAUUGAUCUGACGCCACAAGACGGAAUCAUCUGGACUGAAGUUUCAGCAGAUGAAUGUUUCUCAGCAGCAGCCGGUCAUGAGCCAGCACAGGAUUAACCUCUUUCCUGGACCAGUUUGAGGGCUCGUCAGUGGACUGACUGGACAGUUUGUGUUGUUGUUUUACAUUGAGAUAACAUUUGGGUGCAGCUGUAGCAUGACACAAUGAUAGUGUCUAACACAACAUAUGUUUACAUGUUCAGCUAAACCCUAUCUGCUGUGGGGGCUUAUGUUCUCAGUCACACUGAACCUGUCAUCCCGGGCUGCCUGGGAUCAAAGCUAAUGAAAGCAUCUUAGUACUUGCCAUGCAUGGAACCAGGGUCUGCACAGAGCUAGCUGAUUACUUGGACAUUGGAUGCAGCUGAUGGUGUUGCCUCUCUAUCCUUAUCAGUGAGCCCAUGACCCCUGCAGAAGCUAGAUAGUCUUGUAGCAGCAGCCAUCCACAUGUUCUCAACAGAAAUCUAACAGAAGCUUAUAUUGCUCACAUGGCCGUUGCUAUGAGUGUACGCUCAUAACCGCGCCACGCUUGCCUUGUCGUGGCUGGCCGUCGCAGGACGGUCACUUUCCUCUGCCAUGACCCGGCUGAUGUUGGGCCGGACUCUGGAGCGCAUCUGUAAAGGCGUCCUGCUGCUCUGCUUGCUCCACUUCCUAAUCAUGAUGAUACUGUACUUUGACGUCUACUCGCAGCGUUUCGACCUCUUCAGCCGCUUCAACAACGGACGCAACGGGUCCAGGAAUAACAUCAGUGGAGCAGCAGGGAGUGGACAUCAUUAUUACUAUUACAACCUCUCAAGGCCAAAUGCAACGCUAGCCAGCUACCUGGCCACAGGUGAGCAGCUUGUGCUGAGCAUGCAGCCGGACACCAAUCAGAAGCCUUCGCCCAAGCCACUGCCGCCAUGCCCUGAGAACCCUCCUGGCCUUGUGGGGCGUUUGUUGAUUGAGUUCAGCUCCCAGAUGACAAUGGAGCGCGUGCAGAAAGAAAACCCCAACGUGACAGACGGAGGCCGCUACACCCCCCCAGACUGUCGGCCUAGAUGGAAGGUGGCCAUCAUUAUCCCGUUCCGUCACAGGGAAAACCACCUGAAGUACUGGCUCCACUACCUCCACCCUAUCCUCAGACGGCAGAGGAUCGACUACGGCAUCUACAUCAUCAACCAGUUGGGUGAGGAAACUUUCAACCGUGCCAAGCUGUUGAACGUCGGCUACACGGAGGCUCUGAGGGAUGCUGAGUAUGACUGCUUCAUCUUCAGUGACGUGGACCUUAUCCCUAUGGAUGACCGCAACCUCUACCACUGCUACGACCAGCCGAGACACUUCGCCAUCGCCAUGGACAAGUUUGGCUUCAGGCUUCCCUAUGCAGGCUACUUUGGAGGAGUUUCCGGCCUCAGUAAAAAACAGUUUCUGAAGAUCAACGGCUUCCCGAACGAGUACUGGGGCUGGGGAGGGGAGGACGAUGACAUUUACAACAGGAUCACUCUGAAUGGGAUGAAGGUGUCCAGGCCAGACGUCCGCAUCGGCCGCUACAGAAUGAUUAAACACGAGAGAGACAAACACAACGAGCCCAACCCACAGAGAUUCAAUAAAAUACAGAACACGAAGAACACGAUGAAGAAGGACGGCAUCAGCACACUGACCUACAGACUGGUUCAGGUCAAGAGGUAUCCACUGUACACAAAUAUCUCCGUGGAGAUCGGUAAGCCGCCACCCCGGCCCAUUAAAGGCUAGAGAGCGAGAUGGAGAGAGAGGAGGAGGGUGAUGCACAUUUACUGGAAGGAAAAGGUGAAGAGGGCAGAGUUUAAAUUUGGGACAUAAGGAGAAAAGACUAUUUAUCUGGUGAGAUACUGAAGGAACUGAAGGGAAAAAGUAGUCACAAGCACAUCACAGUCUCUCGCUCUCUCUUCACCCCUCGGUCCUUUUAUCGAUAUUUCAGUUUGCUCUGUCUGUUUCUCCAGAAGUCAAACUCUUCCCACUGGUUUUUCAAGCAGCAAAAUGGCUUCACACCUCCUUCAUUUACCAAUCGGUGACUUCAGCAUUAGAGCGUGGACCAAAAAAUAAGUUCAAGUAUCAGGGUCUGAUCGAAGACUGGCGUCAGUGUCAGAGCCGGAACUUGGAAACUUUCCAUCAACAGUCUUUUGUAAACUGGAGGACAACAGAGGACACUGUCUGCUACUGCUGUUGGGUGUUGUAUUCUGGGAAAAUGAUGGAUCCAGAGGGGAUUUUCUUUCCUCUGAAUAUAGAGUUUUGUGACCGUGACGGAAAUGAGCUGUUGACAUGGAGACUAAGACAGUGUGAGGGAUAUUAAAAGUCAUCACAGAAUUGACUUCCAAAGCAUUUACGGUGAUGAUCCCAUGAGCGACGGUUGCUGGAAGCUGGGACAUGAACACGACACGGGUGACAUGCAGCGCGGCUCCUCUGAUCUGCAUCAGCUGGUUUGGACGCUUAUCUCGACACAUGAUGAAUUAGCGCUGACACUUUUCAUCAGGGAGUCACCUGCUCGGAUCUAAUUACUCAAUCAAAUCCUCCACUAUCAACUAAUGAAUGUGUAUUGUGCCUGCAUCUACAGCAGAAGACUCAGAAGAACAGUGCUGAUGAAAUUUAAAAAAAAACA